AUGAUAGAUGAAACAUUUCUUAAUGGAACACAUUGUUGGUUUCAUGAUGAUCAAGAGGCCUGGAUAUCAGCAGAAUAUAAAGAACAUUCAGUUGAAGAAGGGAUUUUGAAAUUAAUUUUUUUGGAUGAUAAUGGAAAGGAACAUGUGGUUAAAACGAAAGAAGAAGAUUUCAAAGUAAUGGAAAAUUCGUCAAUUCUUCAAUUACGAAAUCCUCCUAUGCUUGAAGCAACAGAAGAUUUAAUUAAUUUAUCAUAUUUAAACGAGCCAUCUGGGAAUUUUACAUACGAUUAA